GCAGCUGAGGAGCCCUCCGCUCCGCCAGCCCGAUCAAUCUCAGAAGGAGUUCUGCCCUGGCCCGGGACUGGGAGGCGGCGGCUGGGCCCGACCACCGAGCUGGGCUUGGGGCUGCAGAGGAAGAUGCCGCGGUUCGAAGGGCCCCGCCUCGUCCCCCCGCUGCUGCUGCUGCUGCUGCUGCUGUUGCUGCUCGAGACACUGUCCACAGCUGCCAGCCAAGCAUCCACCAAGAGCAAGAGGCCCAAGGAGCCUGGGGAGAACAAAAUCAAGCCGGCCAACAAGCGAGGCAAGCUGCCCCCGACCCCAGGGAAGGACAGGGACUCCGUAGCCUCUGUGCCCAAGACCCCAUCCAUCAUGAUGCAGGUGAUGGAGAAGGGGCGCUUCCAGAAGCCAGCCGCCACCCUGAGCCUGACCGCCGGCCAGACGCUGGAGCUGAGAUGUAAAGGAAACAACAUCAAAUGGCGAUACCCCGAGUACCUGGACACCUUUAAAGACUCGCGGCUCAGUGUGAAGCAACAUGACCGGUAUGGGCAGCUUGUCCUGGAGAAUGCCACGGCAGCAGACACUGGCGAGUACAGCUGCUGGCUCCAGGUAUGCAGUGGCUACGUGUGCAGGAAGGACGACACCAAGACAGGGGCCACCUACAUCUUUUUUACAGAGAAGGGCGAGCUCUUUGUGCCUUCUCCUAGCUACUUUGGUGUGGUCUACCUGAACCCAGACAGAGAAGCCAUCGUUCCUUGCCGUGUGACCGUCCCGUCGGCCAAGGUUACCCUCCACAGAGAGUUCCCAGCCAAAGAGAUCCAAAGCAAUGGAAGCAUUACUUAUGACCUCAAGAGGGGCUUUGUCUACUUGCACCCUCAACCUGACCAUCAGGGGGUGGUCUACUGCCGGGCGGAGGCCCAUGGGGCCCCCCAGAUUUCCAUCAAGUACCAGCUGCUCUAUGUGGAAGUCCCCAGCGGCCCCCCGUCCACCACCAUCAUGGCAUCCUCCAACAGAGUGAAUGGCGGGGCUGACGUCACCGUCUUCUGCACUGUCCUGGGGGAGCCGGAUGUGGAGGUAGAAUUCCGCUGGAUCUACCCAGGGCAGAAGGACGGAAGACUCGUGACGAUCCAGGAUACGUGGAGGCUGCUGAGCAGAGGCCUCGGACACACAACUCGACUGUCCCAAAGUGCCCUCGUGCUCCAGGACUUCAGGACUGUUGACGCCGGCUACUACAUGUGCACGGCCCAGAAUGCACGGGGGCAGACCACUGUGGCCACCACCGUGCAGCUCUCCUGAGCCCAUGAGUCUCUCAUGCCAGGCCUGGGCUUGCAGAGGGAAUGUGAGAAGUGAACGGCUAACCUUGAGAGGGUGCUUUACAAAUAGUGUCUCCUUUGAGCCUCACCACCGUCCUGGGAGCGAGGUGCUAGGAUGACCCCAUUGUACAGAUGGGGAAACCGAGGCAGGGUUGUCUCCGCUCUGCCAGCUUCUUAGGAUCUGUGCUUAGCCAAAGGCUGCUGCGCCACAUGUAGGUCUCAGACAAAGGCCCCAGCCAGACCAGAAACCACUGGGUACAGGAACAGGGGGUUCCCCCCAUUCCCGCGGUUUGAGGGGCCCACUUCCAUGUAUGUGCUUGGUCCCAAAGGAACACACCUGGAUGUAUGGAUGCAAAGCCCAGCACACAUACAUGUGUGCACACUGUGUACCCACACAUGGAUCCAUGUGUCCUGUUUGAGCAGUGUAACCCCUAAAUAAAGCAGUUUGUGUAAA